AUGAAUGUUGUAGCUCAAGGCUCAGAUGCGGCUGAAACGCCGACUAAGCAGCCUCUGAUCAUGCAGUACUAUUUGCGUCAAGGAAUUAUUCUCCCUGAGGAAGCUGCGCAUGUAAGAGCUACACUGGAGGCUCCUCUUCCUGCCUGCUUUCGAGUCAACCCGAUGUCACCGGUAGCUUCCAGUAUCAUCGACCGCCUUAACAAUGAGUUCCCGAAGGCCUUUGCGGGUGCCCCACACCUCGACGGACAACCGUUAACACCACCGAGAGAACUGCCGUGGUAUUCAGCCAAGCACGGUAGAGCAUGGCAACUCGACUGCGGGAAGACGGCACUGACCAAAGGUGCACGCGAGAGCAGCGCAAUCCAGGACUUCCGAGCGUUUCUACUGCAUCACACAGCGGAGGGGAAUCUCAGUCGUCAAGAAGCUGUCAGCAUGAUUCCAGCGCUACUGCUCGAUGUCCAUCCGCAUCACCACGUACUGGACAUGUGUGCUGCUCCUGGAUCGAAGACUACGCAGAUUAUGGAGGCGUUGAUAUCAGACAAGGUGUCAAUUAAUACUCAAGGCUUCGUUGUGGCCAAUGACGCCAAUGAGAAGCGCGGGUAUCUUCUUGUUCAUCAACUGCAACGACUGGGACUCGAUAACUUCGUCGUCACUUGUCAUGAAGGUCAAAAGUUUCCUGGACUCUACAACUCUAACGUCGAAUUACAACGCACCAACGUCUUUGAUCGCGUACUGUGUGACGUUCCUUGUAGUGGUGACGGCACGAUCCGCAAGAACCGGAACUUAUGGGGACGCUGGGCUCCUGGCAGCGCCCUCACGUUGCAUCCGAUCCAGAUUGAUCUUGGCUUGCGAGCUGCUGCGCUACUACGCGAUGAUGGCGACUCGAUCAUGACGUACUCGACGUGUUCGUUGAAUCCUGUGGAGAACGAGGCUGUAGUCGCUGAGUUGCUACGACGUGCAGACGGCGCGUUGGAGCUUGUGGACUGCUCUGAGAAGCUUUCUGGGCUGAUCACACGUCCCGGUGUGACGUAUUGGAGUGUGGCUUGGCAAGCGCGUACAGCUAAGGGCGAGGCUCGAGCCCCGUUGCAGUGGUUUGACCAAUAUGAGAGCGUACCUGACUUCCUACAAGGCUCUCGAAUCCUUCGGUCCAUGUUUCCACCUGCUGAUGAAGAGAUCCAAAAAAUUCUUCCGCGAUGUUUGAGACUCUUUCCAACGGACCAGAACACUGGCGGCUUUUUCGUAGCAGUUCUGCGAAAAGUAAAGGGGACUAAGUUACCUGGACAUUAUCAAUGUGGUCUUAGCAGCUACGAGGUUGCUGCCACUGCCAGUGGGGAACGUAAAGCAUCGCGUAGAGCUCAGAAACUCGCUGAACAAGGUGUGCAAAGUUACACGAUGUUACGAGCUGAUCAUUGGGAGCAGAUCAAAGAGUUCUACGGCAUUGCAGACGACUUUCCUUAUGAAAACCUGUACUCUCGAUCCGAAGGCACAUCUUCUGUUUGUGUGGUGAGCUCCAGCAUUCGUGGAGCGAUUCUCGCGGGGGAACAGCCACACAUUCUGGACACUGGCUUGAGAGUUUUCGCUCGAGUGCAGGCAGUAGGCAAGCGUCUAUGGUUCCGACUCACGGAGGAUGGUCUUGAGCAAAUGUUACCUUACAUCACGAAGAGAAAAGCGUCUGCUAUUAUUGAAGAUCUCAUCGCAAUUGUGACGGCACCAGGGAACGACACCAAGCAAGUUGCGGUCGGUCUCGAGCGCUUUAGCGAACUACUACAAGAGUCGGCUGGAGCUGUGCGAGACCACUCCGGUGUCGGUCCCAUGCUGAUGAUUCUACCGGAAGCUGAACGCGAUGCGGCGAAGAACCGCCAACUUCCCACUGCACUUCCAGUGUGGGUUGGCGAUAAGACUCUCACUCUACUCGUCGAUAAAUCCACGCGAGACCGCAUCGCACACGCAUCGCAGCAGUAA